AAGUUUUUGAAACAACCAGAUGGGACACAAGUGCCUCCAGAGAUACUUAACAACAAUAGGUUCUACCCAUAUUUUAAGGACUGUAUUGGAGCAAUUGAUUGUACACAUGUGCGAGUUAAAGUUCCAAUAGAACUUGCACCUAGAUACCGAGGUAGAAAAGAUUACCCUACACAAAAUGUAUUGGCCGCUUGCUCAUUUGACUUGAAAUUUACGUACGUUUUGGUUGGAUGGGAAGGAACGGCAUCGGAUUCAAGAAUAGUAAAAAGUGCUUUGACACGUCGGUAUCCCCUUAAAGUCCCACAAGGAAAAUAUUAUCUUGCUGAUGCAGGAUUUCCUUUAAAGCCAUGUCUCAUCACACCUUACAGGGGAGAACGUUACCACUUACAAGAAUAUUCUAGAAAUCCACCUCGCAACCCUCGUGAAUUGUUCAACAAUCGACAUUCGUCGUUACGGAUGUCUAUUGAAUGUGCAUUUGGAGUAUUGAAGAAGAGAUUUCCAAUUCUACAAACUUCAACUGAACCUACAUAUGGAAUUAAAACUCAAAAUAAAAUCAUCAUUGCUUGUUGUAUCUUACAUAAUUAUUUGAUGAGUGAAGACCCCAAUCAAAAUCUAAUAGACGAGGUGCGUCACGAGCUCACAAUUGAAAGUGGUCUGCAAGAGGGACAUCAAGCUCAAAGAGAAAACAAUGAUGAUACCGCUAGAGCAGAGUUAGUUAGGGAUAAUGUUGCUGGUUCAAUGUGGAUAACUUACUAAAAAGUGCUUAGGCUAUUUAAUUUUAAUCCUAGUUUAUUAGAGUGACAUAUGCUUUGAAGCUUAAUGUGUUGGUGUUUAUGUUAGUAUAAUAUUGGUAUUUUGUUGCUGCUCAUGACAAUGUUGAAUCUAUUUGUAAUUUGAACUUCAAUUUUAGUGCUUUGAAUCUUCAUAUUUCCAUUUGUGCAUGAGUUUUGUAAUUUUUGCUUGAAUUAUUAUAUAUGUCUUUGAUUUUUUAAACAUUAGAUAUGGAAGAAAAUUCAAAGAGGCAAAGGAAACCAAAAGGUGUUGAUACUUGCAAUUGGACAAUAGCUAUGGAUGAAGUUUUGAUUGAUGCAUAUUUGUAUCAACAAACUUUGGGAAAUAAAAAUGGUAACAGUAUGACAACAAGUGCCAUGGAUAGCAUUCUUCAAGAGUUGAAAACUCACUUUCCGGACAAACCAAUUACUAAAGACAAGAUUAAAGAUCACAUGAAACACAUCAAAACAAAAUUCAAUGUUUCUUAUGAUAUUUUCAAGAAUGGUCUAAGUGGGUUUGCAUGGGAUGGAACAAAAAACAUGUGGGUUGCUGAAGAAGAAGUGUGGGAAAAGCUAAUUGAGGCCAAACCUGAAGCUGCUGAAUGGAAAAAUAAGCCUAUAAUGUUUUAUGAUAAACUUGCAACACUUUUUGGAAAAGAUAGAGCAACAGGAGAACAUGAAGAUACACCAUUUGAAAUGAGAGCAAGAAAAGCUGCAAAUGCUAAAAGGCCUUCAACCAUUGAGGAAAUAGACCAUUUGGUAGAAGCCAAUGAAGUUACUUUGGAGGGAUGUGAUGUUGAUGAGGAAUUUGAUCCAGAAGGUUCUCCUAAAAGGCCUUCUAUUAGCAUGCCUCAAGAUGUACCAUCAUCUAGGACUAACAAACGAGCAAAAGAGCUUGUUGAAGAAGAUACAAGCAUGGGAGACAUUGCUAAAACUUUUAAGAAAAUGAUUGAGCUGUUUGAAAUGAACACAAUGGAGUUGGUUAAACAAAGUAAGAGUGCUAGUGGUGAAGAUAUUUGGGCUCAAUUGGUUGACAUUGGUGUUGACGAAGAUUCCUUGCCUCAUGUCUAUAUGCACCUUGUUCAGCAUCCUGAAGCGUUGAAAGCUUUUAAUGGAGUUCCAAUUGAUAAGCGCAAGGCAAUGUUACCUUUCAUUGUGCCGAACAAACCUUAAAGAAGAGUAUUAACAUAUGUAGUGAAUCCAAUGUUUGACUUAUUUUG